GUAACGCUCAUAGUGGAUGUGUACGGCACGGCGAACUGAGCAACACGCUACAGCUCUCCCUCACUGUCCGAUCUCUGUUGGCGUUUACCAUGGGAGUGUUACCGGGCAAGAUGUAAGAAUAUGUCGAAUUCCAAAAAGAGAUCAGAUCGUCUACAUUUUGUAUCUGUGUUAACUUUUAAGGAAGGAACGUGAAUUUCACCGACAGUUGUGGAAAUGUUGACAAUGUGUGUGGGGGGGUUCCGAUUGGUGAGGGAGGUGGUGCUCUGGGCAGUGCUCCUCGUCUCCCUCGGACUCGGGGUGUGGGGCCGGCCCGCUGUCAUCCAGCGUUACUGUGACCAGUGCGAAUGUAUACUGAGUGAGGACACAUCUGAACCUAGAGGAAUAACCAAUGUUAAAGCCAAGUGCAAAGAAGGCCAUGUGGAGUGGUCUAACCCAUAUGGGGCUGUCCGAGUGGAGAUAAACCCAGGUUAUCCUGUAGAUUUCAAAGGAUGUGUGCUAAUCACCAGUGAAUAUACCCGUGUUAAAGUAUCUCAGGAAACACGAAUUGGAUUAAAACACAUACAGACAGUAGAAGGUGUUUCCAAAGAAAUAUGUUUGACUGCUUCAUCUGCACCUAUAAUGCUGUAUAUAGAACUAGUCCCAGAGUCGUCAGUGGUCUUCAAAGGUGUACCCAGGGUGGUUAUAGACUAUGAUAUAGAGAGACUACAGUCAAAACUGUAUUUUGAUCCAUUAGAAGAUUGCAGACCCUGUGAUGAAGAAGAGUUACUUAGAGCAUAUUGUUCCAGUGAUUAUGUGGUGGAGGGGAAAAUUCUGCAUGUGGAGCACAGAGAGCAUCAUGAGGAGACCAACAUAGAGGUGGCAGCACAUCGCGUGGUGCAGCAAUCCAAGAAGGACCUUUUCACAGUCAAGCACCACAGUAAUGGCCAUACCCUCCAUGGGACCAUCAUUGCUCCCAAGAAAUGUGGGGUGCAGCAAGGCCCAGGGGUGUUCUUGUUGAUGGGGUCUGUAAAGCUGGGCAGGAUGAGGCUGAAGUGUGCCCCAUUCCUAGAGGACUGGGAAAGAGUAAGGCAAGCAGCAGAGGAGGAUGACACUUUAGAGUGUUCAUUUGACUAAAAGGCUCUCUGGGCCAGGAAGCUAAAACAACAGCAUUGCCAUAUGGUGUUCCCUGAAUGUGAGAUUGAAACCUAGAUGAUGGCAAUGCUGUCCCCUCAUCACUAAACUGCUCCAGGACAGGGCUAGGAGGGACAAUGUAACACAUGUUACAGAUCAUAACACUAGGCAAAUAACACCAGUUACUCUCCCUGAUGUCAGAUGCUUGGAGGGGUGAGAGGCAUAACAUCUAUUCCACAUCUACAUCUGUCAGCUGGGUUAUCAGCCCCAAACAAUAGCAUGGGCUGUAAACAAUGGCAGGGGGCAACUGUCAGGAUGUGAGGCUGACAGCCACGGCCAACAGACUGGCAUGUUUGCAGUACCCAUCUGUUUUACACUGUUUUGCUGUUUAUGUAGCAGGCAACUUGUAGCACCAAGCCCUCUUUGUGGUGUGGUGUAGCUAGUAAAGGUUGACAGUGACAAGUUUAUAGUUUAUACACAGGGCAGGCCUCAAGCCAAGCUUUCAUGUGGAGAAGGAGAGUCUUGUGACUGGUGAGGAGAAGCAUCGACCUGCUGCUUUCCUAUCUGUGAUACUUUAACAAAGCUUAGUUACAAGCAGAAAAAUAACACCUAGUUGUGUUAUUGGAAUUUCUAGAAAUUUCAUGAAACAUCAACUCCCUAUUCCAAGAAUGUUUUCCUUGGGCUGGUGAAAUAAUAUAUCUGGGGGUGUUGCUGGACAGCUAUGGCAGGCGGGCAUUCUCAGGCUGCUGGGAAGGGAAUGUGGCCAUAUUGUUACAUGUGGUGUGAGUGCCACAGUUACCAUUGUUUUUUUGUAAAUGACUGAUGGAAGUUAACACUAUCUAAGGACAAAUCACAGCCCGUGUGUGAAAAACGUUGAUGUUCCUGAUAAUUUACAUUAGGAGAAUUGUUUUCUCAUUAAGAUGGUUGGUGUCUGAUAACUGGUCUACAGUUUGAUGGUAUCAUGUGAUAGCUGAACCUGAAGAAUGUGAGAAGUGACAAAAAAUCCAGCAUACUUUGUGAUAAUUAAAUAAUCAUUCUGUGUAUAUUGAUAAAGCAAUGAUGUGUGCUGUGUGCAAAUAUGUCAACUAUAUUGCUGCUGUUUUUUUGUUAUUGUAAACUGAUGUAAUGUUUGUAUCAGGUUACAGGAUAUCCGUGAAUGGUUGUAUAUGUACAGUGAAAGCGCUAACCAUCUGGUUAUUGGUGUUAAUAUUGACAUUUGUAAACUAUGACUGUGUAUUUUGUUUCUCGUUUUGAGUUGAUCUCCCUUUGUGUACAUAGUACUUCAUUGAGUAAGGAUGCUAGGAAUUAGAGCCAGUGGCAACAGAUUGAUGCAGUAACAAUUAGUCAUUGAGCACUGGUUAUCAUCAUUGUUCAUCACAACAAAGUUUUUUUUUCGGCAGUUAGUUUUGUCAUCUGAUGGAAUUUUUUUGUGUUGUGGGAUGCCCUGAGUUGUUGUAGAUAGAUUAUCUGCUGAAUCAGCCAAGCCUGAAGUCCCUCACAUACUAAGAUGUCUCUAAGCAUGAUACAGGCAGCUAAAUGUACAGCAGUAUUUUAUGAGAGAUACUGGCAUACAUAUAUGACACCAUACUUACCCUGGUAUACUUACAUUAACCCAUUUGACGAGGACAUUACCUUGUCCUGAGCUCUAUUAACUUACAGUUUAUAACAUGUUGUUAUACUUACAGAUCAAUCUCUUGAAUACAUUGAAUAGACAUACUUGAAUACACAGUUCCCACGUAUAUUCCUGCAAUCUGGAGAUACACUAUUCUGUUUCUGUUUUCUGUUUCUGGUGGUGCAGGAUCAUGUAAAUAUGUGAUGACUGUACAACAUAUUUCAGCUAUGGAAUCCAUGUUUAAGCCCAGACAGCUGAAGACCAAAUAAUUUUUGUCAUGGUACUUGUAAUUUGCAUUCCAAAUUGGGCACAUUUAAAUUGUACCUACGCCCUGUCAGUAAAUCAUUCAUAAUCAUCAGGCUAAGCCAAGCCUAUUAGAAUCAAAAUCACAGAAUUUAACUGCACUUCAGCUCAUUGUAUCAUUGUUAAGCUUACUAUAACAAAAUGACAGCAUCAAAUUUCCCUUUGUCUUUGGGAUACAUAUUCAAAUGAUUGAUCUCGUCAUAUUGAUAUCUUCUGUUAGAAAAAAGCAUUUUAUUUUGUCACUGCCGUCUUUUUUAGCUGUGCUUUAGUUCUUUGUUCAAUAACUUGUUUAUAUGUUCUUUGUAUGUUCCUCUGAAUAGUGCUACUUGUGUUUCCCACUUCUGGGGUGUGUGUUUCCUUCACCUCCCUACUUUCAUGCAAGUUGUAAAUACAUGUACAGAGAUUGCAUUUUACAAAAGUACGUCUUUGAGACGGCUUUUCAUGUAAAAUCAUCAUGGUUGAAGCGGACCAAUUUGUGCAACAUAGAACAAUACUUAGUGUAUCUUUGUCUGAUUGUAUAGUGUAAUUUGUAUAUUGUCCAAAGAGAGUAUAUAUAUAUUAUAUACAAAUAUAUUUGAAAGAUGACAAUCAUUCAUCAAAGAGAAAUAAAGAAAAAGAAAUAUUUUCAAGUUUAGAUGAAAUUGUUGUCAUUAUAUAAACUGAUGACAUAAAGCUGGCCAUGGUCAAUUGGUUAAAGGCACUUACUUUUCAAUCAUUAAAGACACACAAGGUGGCAGUUUGUAGGUUCUUCUUGUGGGACGUUGAAUGAUGGUCCUAUCUCUAUCUGCAGUCUAAUGUUCAUUGAGGACCAUUUGGUGAUAUCUGUAUGUCACGACUAGGAAAAUUCACCAGUAACUUGCCAAAGGUCAGUGGUUUAUGCUGAGAAUGCCGGUUUCCU